AUGGCAAACAUUGAGAUCUUAGAUAACGCCACCAUCCAUGACUUGUUGAUCAACCUUUCUCGGGAAGAGGCUAUCGCCUUGCGAAAAGUUCUCGAACAAACAUUCGAGGACGUUUCAGUCGGUGGCGAGCGUCAGUACCAGCCCAUGCCUAGUGUUACCAACCGAGCCAAUGGACAAAACACUCUUUUCCGACCUUUUACCUCGGAUUCAAGCGUCGGUGCUAAGAUAGUCGUAGAGCCCGCACCGGGUUUUGACGGGAAGAAGGAUCCCCUGCACGGAAUUAUCGUGUUGACAGACGGCAAGGGAAACCUAACGGCCAUUUUAAGCUCCGAAGAGGUCACCGGGUACCGAACCUCCAUGAACGCAAUGGUUCCGUUCUGUUGGAGGAAGCAUGUGGAUAAUAUUGUGAUUUUCGGUGGUGGAAUGCAGGCUCUAUGGCAUACCCGAUUGAUCCUGACCCUCCGUGGUUUGGAGGUUCAGAAAAUCACAUAUGCUAGUCCAGGCAAGGAUCGAGUUGAUAGGCUGAUUGCGACUGUCACAAAAGAGAACCAAGCUCGCUGGAACUCAAACGCAUCAUUUCAUUUCAUCGACACCACCGCCACGGACUACCAGCGUGAUCUUCAAGCUCUUCUGAAAACCGCUGAUGCUAUAUUUUGCACGACGCCUUCUAAGAAGCCUCUCUUUCCUGCCAGCUACCUCACCCAGUGCCGCAUCCGCCAACCCUUCAUUUCAGCUAUCGGUUCCUGGCUACCUGACAUGGUCGAACUUGAUCAAGCACUUUUACAUCAUGCUAUUUCGGCUAGCGAUGGGUACAACUCUAUCACCAGAGAAAACCGGGGUGUUGUACUGGUUGAUGAUCGGGAUUUUGCUCUGCAGAACUGUGGUGAGCUAGUCAACAGCGGAAUCCUCGCGAGGGAUGUUGUUGAGCUUGGCGAAAUCAUUGCGUUGAAGAAAGGCAAGGGAAGCCCAACACAGGACCGGGUAGAAAAGACAACCAAGUUUAUUUCAGAGAGCUUCAUUGUAUAUAAAAGCGUCGGUGUCAGCCUUACGGACCUGACAGCUAGCAAUGCUAUUCUGGAGCUAGCCAAGAACAAGCUGCCCCAACAGCAGUCACAAGCGCAUGGAAAUUGA